AUGGCCCCAGAGAUCCCGCAGCCGGUCGUCACCUCCGAGGGCGAGGAGGAGGUAUGGUCACCUAUAGAGAUGCCCCUCCCUGGGACGAGCCACGACGACCCGAUGUGGAUCGACAGUGACUUGGAAAUGCCUCCCAGAAGACAAGCAGGCAGGCCAAGAAGGUACGCGCAAGUACCAGAGCAGGUACCUAGGAGAGACCAGACUGGGGGAGCAGGAGCACAACCGCCACCUCCUCCACCACCGCCUCCUGCAGUGCCGGAGAGGCGAAAGGAAGAAACAUUUCUCAAACAGAAUCCACCUGUCUUCAACGGUCUGAGAAACCCAGCUAUAGCAGAGACCUGGGUGCGUGCGAUUGAGCGCAUUUUUGAUUUCCUUCAGUGCACCGACAGGGAGCGACUCUCAUGUGUGAAGUUUAAGCUGGUUGAGUCCGCCGACUUCUGGUGGGAAGCUAGGCGAAAGGUUAUGACUCGUGAACAGUUGGAGCACAUGACCUGGGAGGAGUUCAAGAAUGAGCUGUACGGCAAGUACAUCCCCAAGAGUUACCGCAAGGCCAAAGAGGUGGAGUUUUACAGUUUGAAACAGGGAAAGAUGACAGUGACCGAGUACGAUAGGUUAUUCUGCGACAUGUCACGCUAUGCGCCGGGACUAGUAGACACGGACGAGAAAAUGGCCGAAAAGUUCUGCACUGGUCUGAGAUCGGAGAUAAGGAUGGCUCUGGCCAGUCAUGGAGGUCUGUCCUAUAUUGAGUCGUUGGGCCGGGCCCUGGACGUUGAGGCAGCUAUGCCCAAAGAGAGGCCGACGGCACAUGUCAUCACCUCCCCACCGCCGCCACAGCAGCAGUUCCCUCGAGAAAAGAGGAAGUGGGAAGGAGACCGGGUUUCGACUGAUGCUAAGAAACCACAGUUUGCUCCUAAGCCACAGCAGAACAGUUGGCACCAAACUGCCCCAACUCCAACUGUGGAGCGCAGAGCACAGGCACCUCGAUGUGCAAUAUGCUCGAAGAAACAUGACGGCGAGUGCAAGGCCGGGACAGAUGGAUGCUUCCACUGUGGGCAGAAGGGACAUUUCGCCAGAAACUGCCCGAGCAAGGCGACUGGGAUGGGAGGACAGCGUUCGCAACUGCGGGCACUCCAGGCUGCACAAGAGAAAGAGAGUGCAACACUCCCUGCACCACAGCCUCAGCGACAGCUACGCCCAAGACUUCCCCCACAGGCAAGAGCCUUUGCACUGCAACAGAAACAGGCUAAGGUCGAGAAAGGGAAACGGGAGCAAGGCAAUUUGGCAGGUAUGGGAACUCUCCUCAACGUACCUAUCACCAUUUUGUUUGAUACCGGUGCAUCGCACUCUUUUAUAUCAGCACCUUGUGUGGAUACUUUGAACUUGCCUACGGAUGUGAUAGAACAUAAGAUGAGGGUGUCCUCACCCGUAGGAGGCCUUAUAGACAUCUCACGAACGUGCUCAAACAUAAAGUUUUCAAUGGGAAAUUUGAACCUAACAGCUCGUAACUUACAUGUAAUGUCGAUGUGGAGCGUCGACAUCAUACUGGGAAUGGAUUGGUUAGCUGAGAACUAUGCUACCAUCCGUUGUAAGGAGAGACAGAUAGCGUUACAGUACCCCGGGACAGAACCCGUAAUUUUCCAUGGGAUCUCCAUGAGGAAAAGAAAGUCGAUUAUUUCUGCCCUACAAGCAACAGCCAUGAUGAGGAAGGGAUGUCCUGCAUACCUCGUCUACUUGAACGAAGAGGAGAAAAAGGACAGAAAAAUCGAGGACGUAGCAAUAGUACGAGAAUAUCCUGACGUCUUUCCAGAAGAACUACCAGGCUUGCCGCCUGACAGGCAAGUGGAGUUCACCAUCGAUCUAGAACCCGGAUCAGCUCCCAUAUCAAAGGCGCCUUACAGAAUGGCACCAAAGGAUGUGUCGCCAUGGGGCGCACCAGUGCUAUUCGUAAAGAAGAAAGAUGGCACUUUGAGAAUGUGUAUUGACUAUCGAGAGCUGAACAAGAUAACCCUGAAGAACAAGUAUCCUUUACCAAGAAUUGAUGACCUCUUCGAUCAACUGCAAGGAGCUGGAGUUUUCUCGAAGAUGGAUCUGAGAUCGGGUUAUCAUCAGCUGAGAGUUCGACAAGACGAUAUACCCAGGACUGCAUUCCGCACCAGAUACGGCCAUUAUGAGUUCACGGUAAUGCCUUUUGGGCUUACCAAUGCUCCGGCUGUGUUCAUGGACCUGAUGAACCGCGUGUUCCACCCGUACUUGGACAAGUUCGUUCUAGUCUUUAUAGAUGAUGUGCUCAUCUACUCGAAGAACAAAAAGGAACACGAGGAACAUUUGAGGGCCACCUUAGAAACGAAGUUUAAUGACAAAGUAUUCUAUAGGAAGAUGAUUGCAAGUUUUUUCGAUGGGUUGAUGCGGGUCUUUCCUCAAGCCAAGAAGUUACUUUCAAAGAGUGAAACUUGA